AUGAAUGGGGGCUGCUAUUUGGUGGCCUGGGCCACCCUAUGCCUGGUGGGUGGGUGGGCAACCUCAUGGCAUCUGGGCCGCCCCUUCACUGCAGUGUGGAAUGUGCCCACAGCCCGAUGCCAGACCCAUUUUGGCCAGUCCCUGCCCUUGGACCCCUUUGACAUCGUGCACAACUGGGCCCAGCGCUUUCAGGGGCAGAAUAUUACCAUCUUCUACAAGAACCAGUUUGGCCUUUACCCCUACCUGGGGCCAAGGGGCAUCGUCCACCACGGAGGUAUCCCCCAGGCUGUUUCCCUGCACAGGCACCUUGCCCUGGUUGCCAACCAGAUCUCUGGCCUAAUGCAGAAGGGCUUCAGAGGCUUAGCUGUGCUUGACUGGGAAGAGUGGCACCCACUCUGGAACCGGAAUUGGGGGUCCCGUCAGAUCUAUCGAAAGGCAGCCUGGGCCUGGGCCCAGCAGCAGUGGCCAGAUCUACCCCCUAAGCAGCAACACCUCAAGGCUCGAGCUACCUUUGAGCAGGCUGCUCGGGCACUGAUGGAAAGCACCCUACAGCUAGGGCAGGCACUUCGUCCCAGGGGGCUGUGGGGCUUCUAUCGCUUCCCUCUCUGCCGAAGCCCCUGGCAGGGCAGGCACAAUUACACUGGGAAAUGUCAGAAGGCAGACAAGGUCUAUAAUGACCAGCUGCGCUGGCUUUGGGAGGCCUCCAGUGCUCUCUUCCCCAGCAUCUACCUCCCGCCUGACUUGCCCCAGGUCUAUCGAAAGAGCUACACACGACAUCGGCUGGAAGAGGCUUUCCGAGUGGCCCAAUUUGGGCAUCCACACCCUCUGCCUGUGAUGGCCUAUGCCCGACUCACACAUCCUGGUUCUGGGCAGUUUCUGUCCCAGAAUGACCUGAUUCAGACCAUUGGUGUCAGUGUGGCUCUGGGGGUAGAAGGUGUGGUGCUCUGGGGCGACCUCUCUUUUUCCAGUUCUGAGGAGCAGUGCAGCCAUCUCCAGAGCUACCUGUCAACCAUCUUGGGCCCCUACUUAAGCAAUGUGACUCAGGCUGCCCAGGCCUGCAGCCAGCAACUGUGCCAUGGCAAUGGGCGCUGUGCCCGAUGGGAGCCCAGCAAUGAUGAAGUCUUCUUGCACUUGGAACCAAGACGUGUUCAGGGAAACCUCAGGGAAGGCACUGCCAAGUGGGCCCACUUCCGAUGCCUCUGCUACCCAGGCUGGGAAGGCACUACCUGCAAGGCUCCUGUAGCUGGCACAGAAUGAAGGGGGUUACCUUCAGCUUUGUCUCCAGAAGAUUCCCAAUUGUGGGGUCAAAGCUAUAGGCCACCUUUAUCUGUCUUUGUCUUCUGAGCUUCCUCAAGUUGUUCCUACUGGCCUCUUAUUCUCCCAAACUACAAAGAGACCAGUUGGGGGGCUUUUCCUGCUUGUUUACUAAAGUUCCCCUUUCUGCUAUUAGGCCUGGAAAUACCCCCCUCUAUUAUUGCUCUGCUGUGCCAGAAAGCACUGGAUUUAGGAAUUGGAUUUUUGACCUUGCACAAAUUCCUUCCUCUCUCUCAAUGCCUCAUAUUCCUCUUUUUUUUUUUUUUUUUUAAAGAGAAUUGGAAUUAGAGCUGGUGGGUGCCUCACACUGAGGCCCAGAGAUGGGAAAGGACUUGAUCAAAAGCAUUGCUAGUUUGGCAGAGUCUGAAUUUGAAACCAGGUACUCGAUUCUAAACCCAAUGCUUUUUCUGCUACACUGAAAAGUGAGGGGAUUGAACCAGAUGAUCUAUAAGGCCCCUUCUUGCUGUAAAUCCUAAAAAACUUGUGGGUCCCAUGUAAUAUUUGGCCUAAGUUUUUAAAUGGCCUUUUUCUCUGGAUGACUUCCACAGUGCAGCUACAAACUGAGUACCUUCUCUGUGGCCUUGAGUCACCUUCCUUGAACCUUGCAGCCCUGGAUUCAAGGACUUGAGCAUAAGGACCAUGUACUGGGAGCUGUUCCAUUGGGAAUUCAGUAACUGGGUCUAAACAGCAGCCAUAUAUUAUUGGUUAUGGUAUUUGUGGUAUAUACUUUGUCAUCAUCUGUAUUUUCAUUCCACAUUUGGGUUAGACCAUAAAAUCAUUUUUCCUUCUCCUCUCUA